GUGCGAGCGACACAUCCCGACUGCUCCGCCGUCCUCUAUUUCCAAGAGAAAGAAGCAGAAUGUCUGGAGAGGAUCAGGAGUGAAAGCCAAAUGCCGGCGUCCCCCGGGCAGCAAGGCUGCCUGACCGAGUGGGAUGGAGUGAGCUGCUGGUCGGCUGUCCCUGUCGGCCAGUCCCAAGCUGUCGCCUGCCCCGACAUCCUCCAUGUCUUCAAGAAAUCCAAAGCACUGAUCUGGAGGAAUUGCACCGAGGCGGGAUGGAGCUUCCCCAGCCCCCCCUACUACAACGCCUGCGAGCUGGAGGCCAUCGGCACCAGUAACGACACUGAAGCCAAGAGAGGCUAUUUUGUCACCAUGAAGGUGCUUUACACCUGCGGCUACUCCACGUCCCUGGCAGCCCUGUUCCUGGCCAUCAGCAUCUUCUCCUGCUUCAGGAAGCUGCAUUGCACCAGGAACUCCAUCCACAUCCACUUCUUCACCUCCUUCAUCCUGCGUGGGGCUGCCGUGUUCAUCAAGGACGCCGUCCUCUUCUCGGAUGAGUCUGUCGAUCACUGCACGAUGUCGACGGUGAACUGCAAAGCAGCCAUCGCCUUCUUCCAGUACUCGGUCCUGGCCAACUUCUACUGGCUGCUGGUGGAGGGCAUGUACCUGCAGACCCUGCUGCUGCUCACCUUCACCUCCGACAAGAGGUACAGCUGGUGGUACAUCCUCAUCGGCUGGGGGGAGUGUGUCCCCAUGCUUACGGUCUGCAUGUGGGUGGUCGCCAGGCUGUGGUACGACAACCACGGGUGCUGGGAUGACUACACCAGUCUCUACUGGUGGGUGAUCAAGGCUCCCAUCCUCCUGGCCAUAUUUGUGAACUUCCUCAUCUUCCUCAAUGUCACCAGGAUGUUAGCACAGAAGAUCCGGUCCCCGGACAUCAGCAAAAACUACAAGCAGCAGUACAUGAGGCUGACAAAGUCCACGCUGCUCCUCAUCCCUCUCUUCGGGGUACACUACGUGGUGUUCGCGCUCUUCCCCGAGCACAUCGGCGUGGAUGCCCGGCUGUACUUUGAGCUGGUCCUUGGCUCCUACCAGGGGUUCCUGGUGGCUCUGCUGUACUGCUUCCUGAAUGGAGAGGUCCAGGCUGAGAUCAAGAGGAACUGGGGCAAGUGGCAGUCAUCCAUGGAGAGCAAUGUCUUCAACCUGGCAACCCAAGACUUCACAGCGUGA